AUGAAGCGCGACAGCACGACAGAUCUGCCAGCUCAGUGGCCAGACUCGAAGGAAGGAAAAGAUGAGGAGCUUGGCGAAGUCAGGGUCCUGGACGAUGGCACCCGCAACCUGGUUGGUGCUCAGGAUCAGCUUGAGCGAGGUCUGAAGAGUCGGCAUAUCCAGUUCUUGGCCCUCGGCGGAGCUAUCGGUACUGGCCUUUUCAUAGGCUCCGGUGCUAUCCUUGAGAUGACCGGCCCGCUAUCCCUGCUCCUUGGAUAUUUGGGCAUGAUGGCAUUGGUGUGGAACAUCAUGAACAACCUUGGUGAAAUAGCCGUCUACCUUCCCCUGAAGGGCGCAACAAUCCCUUACUUUGUUGAGCGCUUUGUUGAGCCGAGUCUUGCGUUUGCUGCCGGAUGGAAUUACUGGUAUGCCUACGCAAUUUUGGUGGCCGCUGAGGCUAGUGCGGGUUCCAUUAUCUUGGAUUACUGGAAAAGUGCCGUUCCCCCUGCAGUAUGGAUCGCCAUCAUCCUUGGUGUCAACCUCGGACUGAACAUAUUUGCGGUCAAGAUCUUUGGAGAGGCGGAAUUCUGGUUCGCAAGCAUCAAGCUUAUCACCAUUAUCGGUCUCAUCCUUACAGGCCUUGUGAUCAUGUGCGGCGGAGCACCAGAUGGAGAGGCUAUCGGCUUUUGGUAUUGGCAAAAAGAUGGCCCGAUGAAGGAGUAUCUUGUCCCAGGAAAUACAGGCCGCUUCCUCGCCUUCUGGGCGGCCUUCGCGAAGGCAGGUUUCGCCUUCAUCACCUCGCCUGAACUCAUCGCGCUCGCCGCGGGAGAGACCCAGGCACCACGACGCAACAUCCCCAAAGCCGCCCGUCGAUUCGUCUGGCGACUCGCUAUUUUCUAUGGGCUGGGCGCUUUCAUGAUCGGCUCGAUCUGUCCCGCGGACGACCCGCGUCUACUCAGCGACACAUCCGACGCCACGGCCAGCCCCUGGGUGAUCGGGAUUACCCUCAGGGGUAUUCCGGUGCUCAACCACAUCAUCAACGCUGCAGUGCUCACAUCCGCGUGGUCCGCUGGCAAUGCGUUCCUCUACUCAGGUUCCAGAAUCCUCUACAGUCUUGCCCUGAACGGCCAGGCACCCAAAAUCUUCGCUAGGACGGGCAACCUCAAGACCCCGUACAUGGCCAUCCUUGCCACCUGGGCCAUCGGGCUUCUGUCCUUCCUGAGCGUGAGCCAGACCAGCGCCGUAGUCUUCGACUGGUUCGUGAACAUCUCCACUAUCAGCGGCUUCAUCGCUUGGAUCGUCUGCAUCAUCACGUACAUCCGCUUCAGGAAGGCGAUGAACUUCCGUGGAUUGUUGCACACUCUGCCCUACAAGACCCCGCUCCAGCCCUACGCGACCUACUUUGUGCUAGGCGUCUUAAUCGUGCUGACGCUUACCAAUGGGUUUGCCGUCUUCUUCCCGAGCGAGUGGAGCAUCGGGGGCUUCUUGGCUGCGUACAUCACUUUGCCUAUCUUCUUGGCCUUGUAUAUUGGCCACAAGCUGUGCUUCCGGACACCAUUCGCGAGACCUAUUGAAGAUAUCGACGUGAUCACUGGUGUGCGGGAGAUGGACGCCUUGGAGGCUGAGGAUGUACCACCAGUUCCGAGGAAUUGGCUAGAGAAGGCUUGGUUCUGGUUGGCGUAG